CAUCGGAAAAGCAUCAUCAGGCAGAAAAAAUUACUUGAUUCUGCGCUGAAUCCGCUGCACGGCCAGCUCAUCACUAUCUUACGCACUGUCGCGAUUCCUGCCACCUGGCCUUGGAUUUCCUGCAUUGGUCACCGUCAGACUGCCGCGUGUGGUUGGGUAAAACUCACGACCUUCCACCAUGGUUGCCGAUACCUCUUACUACGACGCCCUUGGGGUGCCGCCCACUGCGACGGAACUCGAGAUCAAGAAGGCCUACCGCAAACUGGCCAUUGUUACUCACCCUGAUAAGAACCCCGGUGAUGAAACUGCGCACGCGCGAUUCCAGGAGAUCGGAGAGGCCUACCAGGUUCUCAGUGAUGAAGAACUGCGCAAACGCUACGAUAAGUUUGGAAAGGAAGAUGCCGUCCCCGGCGGUGGUUUCGAGGACCCUUCGGAGUUCUUUGGGAUGAUCUUCGGUGGCAACGCUUUUGUCGACCUUAUCGGUGAAAUCUCGCUCAUGAAGGACCUGACCACCACGAUGGAUAUCACCAUGCAGGAGAUGGAGGAGGACGAACUAGCCGCAUCCGCCGAGGAGAAACUAAACAUUCACGAGGAGGAGACUCAGGCACAUGCCGCCGAAGGUGCCGCCGAAGCUACCUCCGCCGAGUCAACGACUGCCGCGCCCGAGAAGCCCGCUGCCGCCCCAUCCCCAAGCUCGGGCACGAGCACGCCCCGCCGCUAUAUGGGUCAGCAGGCCAUCAUGGACAAGUCGGAGGAAGAGGCCCGCAUGGAGGCAGCUGGUCUGUCCCAGGAGGAGAAGGAAUUACGCAAGAAGGAAAAGAAGAAGGGCGGACUGUCCCGAGAGCAACAGGAGCGCCUGGCUGCCUACGAGCUGGAACGGAAGAAGGCGCGUGAUGACCGGGUCAACACGUUGGCGACGAAGUUGGUGGACAAGAUCAGCGUGUGGACGGAAACCGACAAGAGCGCUGAUAUGACCCGGGCUUUCGAGGAAAAGAUCCGUCUGGAGGUGGAGAACCUGAAGAUGGAAUCGUUCGGUUUGGAGAUCCUUCACGCCAUCGGUGCUACCUACGUGCAGAAGGCCACCUCCUUCCUCAAGUCGCAGAAGUUCCUCGGAAUCUCCGGGUUCUUCUCACGGCUUAAGGACAAGGGCACGCUGGCCAAGGAGACGUGGACCACCAUCUCAACCGCCAUCGAUGCGCAGAUGACCAUGGAGGAGAUGGCCAAGCUGGAGGAGCGCGGUGGCGAGGACUGGACGGACGAGAAGAAGGCCGAGUACGAGAAGAAGGUGACAGGAAAGAUCUUGGCAGCCGCGUGGCGUGGCAGCAAGUUUGAGAUCCAGAGUGUGCUCCGCGAUGUCUGCGACCAGGUGCUUGGUGACAAGCGCAUCAAGCUAGAUAAGCGGGUUGAGCGCGCUCAUGCUUUGGUGAUUGCGGGCAAUAUCUACUCCAAGGCCGAACGUGACCCCGAGGAGGAGGGCGACUUCAUGGCGUUUGAGCAGCUGAUGGCGGAGUCGAUGACGAAGAAGGGCAAGGAGGACAAGAAGAAGAAGAAGAAGCACGAUCAUCACCAUGAAGACGUCCCGGCCAGUGCCUGAUACCUUGCAUAUGUCUAUCGAUUGCGUUUUUCUCUGUGGAUUCAGAACAGUUGGAUACGGAUAUUAGUGUAGCGAGUUUGACCAAGCACAUCUACGAAUGCGUAUGAUUAGAUGCGAUAAUAGAGGUAGGGGAUACCCUAGGUAGUUAAUCAGAAUGAGAGUGUUUGCUGCGAUCUCCAG